AUGUGUUUUUCUUCAGGGGCCGUGGAUCGCGGCCGGAGUCUGUCUUUCCACGAGCGAAGUCACCGUGAGGCGGAGAUGAGAGCCGCAGAAGAAGCUCAGAGCUCCGGAGGCAGCACCGUGCUACAGCGCCUCCUACAGGAGCAGAUGAACCGCAACUACGUCCUGCAGCAGCAGCAGCAGCCGCCGCAGCAGCCGCAGCAGCAACAACAGCCAGGUUCAGACGAUCACUCCAUGAGUCCACAUAUCGCUCGUCAGGAGCCUCAGGGGCAGGAGCUUCAGGCCGACUCCGCUCUGGAGAAACUGGGCGGAGCUCGAGUCUCAGGGGGCGGGGGCAGCAGUGGAGGGGGCGGAGCCAACAACCUGAGCUGCGGCGGGAACCAAGAGAUUUACCCCGAGGACCUGCCCACGUACGAAGAGGCCAAAGUGCAGUCGCAGUAUUUCCGCGGACACGGACCUCCGCCGCAGCAACAGAACCAGAACAACAACUCCCAGAAUGCACCGCUGCCGGCUUCCGUGGGCGCGGCCUUCUAUGUAACCGCGGUGACCAACGGCAAAGUGCGGACGGAGGGGCGUCCGGCUGUGCAGCGGGUUAGCGCCGCCGGGAAAGUUCACCAGGACGACGGGCUCAAGGACCUGAAGCAGGGCCACGUGCGCUCCCUCAGCGAGCGCCUCAUGCAGAUGUCGUUAGCGACCAGUGGCGUCAAGGCGCACGCUCCUGUGACCAGUGCUCCUCUGUCACCCACACUGCCCCCGCCUGGACCAGGGGAGUACUACAAGCCCCCGCACAGAGGGCCGCCUCCAGACUACCCCUACAGAGGCCUGGGGUCCCCUUCCAGGCAGGAGCUCGGCCACUACUACCCUGAGCAGCAGCAGCAGCAGCAGCAGCAGCAGCAGCAGCAGCAGCAGCAGCAGCAGCAGCAGAGGACCAGGGAACAUUCCAGAGAGGUCCCCUACGUGAGGUACCAGCCUCCACCAGAGUAUGGAUCCUUCAGUUGUAAGAGCGCUCACAUCGACCGAUUUCAACUGAUCAUCUCCAUCAUCUCCAUCAUCUCCAUCAUCUCCAUCGUCUCCAUCAUCUCCAUCAUCUCCAUCAUCUCCAUCAUCUCCAUCAUCUCCAUCAUCUCCAUCAUCUCCAUCAUCUCCAUCAUCUCCAUCAUCUCCAUCAUCUCCAUCAUCUCCAUCAUCUCCAUCAUCUCCAUCAUCUCCAUCAUCUCCUCUCAGUCGCCAGAAGCCGCCUUCAACUAG